GAUCAGUAACACUCUGAUCAAUAUCAAACUCCAAGAUGAAGUCAUUAUCUGCUUUGGUUCUCUUGAUGACCGUCGGUCCCCUGUUCUCUUUUGUAAUCAACCCCGUAAGAAAUGAUUGCGCAAAAAGGGGCGGAAUUACCCCAUAUUAUUUCAAAAAUUACCCUACUAGUACUAGGGUCAAGUGCUUUUAUGCCUGUGAACUGGAGAGGCUCGAAGUAAUCGUCAAUGGAGUUGUUGGAGAUUAUAAUUUGGCCGUCCUAAACAUUACGGAGAAAUCCUAUGAAGCUAUAAGAGGAAAGGUUAAGCCUUGCCUGAAAAUCAGGCAUUCCAACAAAUGUGAGCUCGGCUAUAGGGUAUUCCAGUGCUUACAUAAGAAUUUCCCAUAACCGUGAAUUCAAUAAAUUGAGUAUGCUUUAGGGAAUCUAAUAUAGCCAUUUGCAUAAUAAGUAACGAUGUAUAAUUAUUUCCAGUACUGUAUUGGUUCUAUAAUACUAUAAUCAGAAAAUUA